AUGCCUGUGGCCCCUGAAGAAGAUGAAGGAAAAAGGCGAUGGGAAAGAAAUAAGAUUGCAGCUGCCAAGUGCCGAAACAAGAAGAAGGAGAAGACAGAGUGCCUGCAGAAGGAGUCAGAGAAGCUGGAGAGCGUCAAUGCCGAACUGAAGGCCCAGAUCGAGGAGCUCAAGAACGAGAAGCAGCAUUUGAUAUACAUGCUCAACCUUCAUCGGCCCAUGUGUAUUGUCCGGGCUCAGAAUGGGCGGACUCCAGAAGAUGAAAGAAACCUUUUUAUCCAACAGAUUAAAGAAGGAACAUUGCAAAGCUAAGCAGUCAUGGAAUGGGGGCAACUGGGGAGCCCUCAUCGAACCUUCUACAUCCCAAACCCUGAAGCCAUUGGAGAUCUGACUUCCUGUGCACCUCUCUGCAUCCCAGCAGUGAAGAACCAUCGAGGCAGAAGAGCCCUUGGUGACUCAGCUGGGCCUUUCCUCUCUGCACCAGAGCGGCCUGUGGACCAGGGCAAGGGCUUCUUUUGUCUAAACUCCAGGAUUUAGGCCUUAACCAUCCUGGCUGUUCAUGGAGGCCGCAGAUGGCCCCUGGU